UAGAUGAUCAGCUGAUGAGUUUAGCAGAGGCAGAUCCCUGCUAACCUUCAGCACUAUCUGCUGAUGACAGGUGGAUUGUUUGGAUUCAGCCCUCCGCCUUCUCCUCAGGGCUCUCCCUCACUCAGUUCCCUCAUCCCAAUAGCAGAGGGGAUUAUUUAUACUUGCAUUUGGAUAUGUCCACUUCUGUUUUCCCCCUUUAUGUGUAAUACCUGGAGAAGUUGGAAGUAGCUCGUUCAGGGAAGUGUUGGACCGAGCGGGAGCUCUGUCACUGAGCUGAAGAGGAAGAAGACAGGAACAUUUGGAAGGAGAGAAGGAAGAAGGAAGCAUGUGUGCGCAGAAGGACGACGUGGAAAAGUUCCUGAAGGGAAACCCUUCAUUUGCUAAACAGUACUUCGCCAAGAAGAUGAGCCCUGCCACCAUAUCGAAGGUGUCAGGACUCACAGACAAACAGAUUGACUUCAGCCAGUUCCAGGAGCUCGCUCAGGUUGAAGAAGGAAAAAUCAUGUAUGACCUGAUCAAAGACAUGCAGGAGAACAUCAACGUGGAAAAGGUUGUCUUCAAGAUCUUAAAGAGAAUCAGUGCACUCAUCCAUGCUGACCGCUGCAGCUUGUUCAUGUACCGGCAGAGGAACGGCAUCGGGGAGCUUGCCACGAGGCUCUUCAACAUCAGCACAGAGGCAGAGUUUGAUGACUGUGUGGUUCCACCGGACUCUGAGAUUGUCUAUCCGCUGGACAUGGGAAUAGUCGGCCACGUUGCCCUGACCAAGAAGACUGUUAAUGUGAAAGAUGUCACAGAGAGCGAGCACUUCAGCUCAUUUGUCGACGAACUCACAGAAUAUAAGACCCGGAACAUUCUGGCUUCGCCCAUCCUCAACGGCAAAGACAUGGUGGCUGUGAUCAUGGCUCUAAACAAGACCACAGGACCACACUUCACUGCUGAGGAUGAAGAUCUUUUUUUAAAGUAUCUGAAAAUUGCCACUUUGAACUUGAAGAUCUAUCACCUGAGUUACCUCCACAGCUGUGAGACUCGUAAAGGACAGCUGCUGCUGUGGUCUGCCAACAAGGUGUUUGAAGAGCUGACAGACAUUGAGCGACAGUUUCACAAAGCCUUGUACACAGUCCGAGCCUACCUCAACUGCGACCGCUACUCUGUCGGUUUACUAGACAUGACAAAGGAGAAGGAGUUCUUUGAUAUCUGGCCUGUGUUGAUGGGGGAGCAGGCUCCAUAUUCUGGUCUCACUCCUGAUGGCAGGGAGAUCAUUUUCUACAAAGUCAUUGACUAUAUACUACACGGAAAAGAAGACAUCAAAGUAAUACCAAAUCCAACUCCAGAUCAUUGGGCCUUGAUUAGUGGCCUGCCUACUUAUGUUGCUGAGAGUGGUUUUAUUUGUAACAUUAUGAAUACGCCUGCUGAUGAGAUGUUCAAGUUUCAAACUGAGCCACUCGACAGCAGUGGUUGGACCAUAAAAAAUGUUCUCUCGCUGCCGAUCGUCAACAAAAAAGAAGAGAUAGUUGGUGUCGCCACUUUUUAUAACAGAAAAGACGGAAAGCCUUUUGAUGAUCAGGACGAGCAGCUCAUGGAGGCUUUGACCCAGUUCCUGGGUUGGUCUGUUUUGAACCCAGACACUUACGACAAGAUGAACAAGCUGGAGAAUAGGAAAGACAUCGCCCAAGACAUGGUGCUCUACCACAUCAAAUGCCGUGAUGAUGAGAUUCAGGAUAUCCUGAACACCAGAGAAUUGUACGGUCGUGAACCAAGAGACUGUGAAGAGGAGGAGCUCCUAGAUAUCUUGAAAAAAGACCUACCUCCACUUAUAAAGAAGUUUGAGAUCUACGAGUUCCACUUUUCGGAUUUUAACUGCACAGAGAUGGAACUGGUGAAGUGCGGGAUCCAGAUGUACUAUGAGGUCGGGGUGGUCAAGAAGUUCCAGGUCCCUCAGGAGGCACUGGUUCGGUUCAUAUACUCGCUCAGUAAAGGCUACAGAAAAAUCACCUACCACAACUGGCGUCACGGCUUCAACGUUGGCCAGACCAUGUUUACACUCUUAACGACGGGAAUGCUAAAGCGGUAUUACACUGACCUGGAGGUGAUGGCCAUGAUAACAGCAGGCUUCCUCCAUGAUCUUGAUCACAGAGGGACCAACAACUUGUACCAAGUCAAAUCUGGCAACCCUCUGGCCAAGCUCCAUGGCACCUCCAUCCUGGAACGACACCAUCUAGAGAUGGGAAAGUUUCUCUUGGCUGACGAGUCACUGAAUAUCUACCAGAACCUUAACAGGCGCCAGGUUGAGCAUGUGAUUCAUCUAACAGACAUCGCCAUCAUCGCCACUGACCUGGCUCUUUAUUUCAAGAAAAGAACAAUGUUUCAGAAGAUUGUGGAUCUCUCCCACACAUAUGAAGAUGAAAAGAAGUGGGUCGACUUCAUGACCCUUGAAACAACCAGAAAAGAAAUUGUCAUGGCAAUGAUGAUGACUGCAUGUGACUUGUCAGCCAUUGCCAAGCCUUGGGAGGUACAGAGCAAGGUUGCCUUGUCUGUAGCAGCAGAGUUCUGGGAACAGGGUGACUUAGAGAGGACAGUCCUUGAGCAGCAACCUAUUCCCAUGAUGGACAGGAACAAGUCAGCAGAACUUCCAAAGCUUCAGUGUGGCUUCAUUGACUUUGUCUGCACAUUUGUCUAUAAGGAGUUUUCUCGCUUCCACCCCCAAAUCAAGCCCAUGCUGGACGGCAUCCUGAAUAACAGGAAGGAGUGGAAUGCUAAAAAAGAGGAGUAUGAGGCUACAAUCAAAGCCAUAGAGGAUGAGAAGGCCACUAAAGAAGCCAGCAAAGCUCCUAAAAACUCCAGUGGCGGCUCAAAAACCUGCUCUAUGUGCUAAAUGGUCAAAAAGCUGCUCAACGGAUGGGAAGACACACGGACAACCUAUCAAGACUGACUUCAGUCUUACUGACAGGAAGAAAUUAAAUUAAGUCAAGACGAUGGAUACUUGAGUAAAUGCAAAUAAUGGAAGUAUUUUUCAGAAAAAUUGGUUGAAUGGGAAGAGAGAAAAACUUGUAUGUUUUAGUGACACUAACAAGGUAAGCCAAACUAAUUAAUUGACAACAAGACCAACGAACAACAGAAAUAUCAUGACUAAAAUAUGAAUCACGGGUAAAGGUGAUUUUUGAAUCUCAGGUUAUCACCCACUCAUCCCCAUAUAGUAUCAGCACCCUUAAAUGUUAAGGAUUAUUCUUCAGAUGGUGCAGAUACGGUGCUGGGUGUUUGUUUGUUGGCUUUGGGACAAACAUUUACAUUUCUUUUCACAGUUUCUUUUAAGUAGUUAUGCAAUACUGCAAACAUAUGGAUGUCAAUAUGUGUUGUAAGUGAUGCCCAUGUACAAUAUGUAACACAUUAUACAAUUAUUUGAUGCAAAGGCCAAGGCACUGCGGAUUGUAUAUCUUGUUUGGAGCUGUUUUCAAACGAACUGUAUAUUAAUGUGAUAUUAAUUUAAAGGUUCAGAAUGCAAAUUCAGAAAAUGAGUACAUAGAUGUAUAGUUGAACUAUUGUACUGUACAUAUAUUUUAAAAUGAUAAUGUCAUGCUCACUCCUUCCAGUCACUCAUGAUUUACAAAUUAGCGUUGUUUACCUUUAUUGCAGAGAGCCAAAUGUAGAUGAAUAAAUUCAAUAUGUUUUUAGUUAAAGUAUAGAUUAAGUUUGCUGGCGUGCAUUUAUCAGAUACAACAGUUUAUGCAGUGGAUAUACCCAUAAAAGAUAUAUUAGUAGAAUUACUGGCUGGUCAGUAUUUUAAAGCUUGCCUCUCCUCAUGUACAAUGAUGACACAAAUAAAGCAAAUAUAUUUU